AUGAGCGGAAGUGGUACGCAGCAAGCGGCGCACUCGCUGGCUUUCAGGGUAAUGAGGCUGUGCCGGCCGACGUUGCACGUCGACACCUCCCCUCUCAAAUUCGAUCCUUGCGAUCUGCUAUUUGGCGAGGACCUUUUCGAUGAUCCCGUCGCCGCCUCCCAACUCCCUCGUCUGCUGGAUAGCAUUAAUGUUGGCCAAUCAUACAACAAUUCCACUGAUCCCUCCGAUUUCAGCUACCGCACCAGAUUCCUCCUCCAACACCCUUCCGACUCCCUCGGCCUUCCCGGACUUCUCGUCCUCCCCCAAUCCUUUGGGGCAAUAUAUUUGGGCGAGACUUUUUGCAGUUAUAUAAGCAUCAACAACAGCUCCAAUUUUGAAGUUCGAGAUGUUACAAUCAAGGCAGAAAUACAAACAGAAAGGCAGAGAAUACUGCUUUUGGAUACAUCAAAAUCACCCGUUGAAUCAAUAAGAGCUGGAGGACGAUAUGAUUUCAUUGUGGAACAUGAUGUGAAAGAACUCGGUGCCCACACAUUAGUGUGCACAGCACUUUACAAUGAUGGUGAUAGUGAGCGAAAAUAUCUCCCGCAGUUUUUCAAAUUCAUGGUUUCUAAUCCCCUCUCAGUCAGAACAAAGAGAAGUUUCAGAGCCGCCUGUUCUCAUCAGAUCUGGAAGCGGAAUUCACAAUUAUCUCUAUCAGUUAAGAUCAUCAUCUCAGGGAACUGCUCAAGUGAAAGUUGA